CUGUCAUCUACAUUGUUUAUGUUAAUUUUAAACAAAUUUGUUAUUAUUGACUUGUCUUAAAGCCUGUCUGUUAGCAGAGUAUGAUUCACUCACUUGAGCGAAACCUCUAGUUUAUUAAAAUAUGGACUAGGGAAUCUUUUCACUGUUUUAUAAUUUGUAAAUGGUUGCUGAAAAUGAUUUUUAUUAAAAUUCAGUCUGAUUACACUAAUGCCGUCUUAUGGCACUGUCUGAUUAUCAUUUUAAAUUAAAGCUGAGGAUGGUUGAAGCAGGCUAUAGAAAUACACCAUUUCCACUUGAGUUAUAAGUAGUGUCAGUUUUACAAUUAUUUAGCUUGAAUCAUUGCAUCUUCUAUUUAUGUGACAGAAAUGCACUAGUGUCAAUCAAGUUCAUUGAUAAGUAGCUUGGGUCAGACAUUCAUUGAUACGUAGUUCAUGUCAGACAAUUUCUGAAAAUUAGUACAUAUUUUGGUUUUUUGUUGAAACUUGCUGACAUUGCUUGGUUAGGGGAACAAUACACACGUACAGAAGGGGGGAGAUGCGGGUAGGGAGAGCUCGGCUUGAUUGGGAAGGGAUAGGAAGAAUAUUAUCUAAAGAAUUGAAUGGAGAAGAUUGAAAGGGACAUUUCCUUUUAUCAUCAUAUGUGAGGGUAGUUGUAUUAAAAUUGAUAUCCAAGUGAGCCCUUGAAGUUUGGUGAUUGGCCACUUUUACUUUCUCCAUGUUCUUAGGUCAGAAGUAUUGUAGCACAAGGAACAGGGCAUUAGAUCCUUGUUAUUUUAUUUUAGUUGCUUGUAUAAAAUCCUUGGUUUUUUUGUCUGCAAUUGGGAGAAAGAAUUUCUGGGUGGGUACUUAUGUCCAUUCCAUUCAUGUUGAUUGAGGUGGAGAUCAACUUUUAAGUAACUGAUGGGUGAGCUGUGUUUUGGCUGACUGACCAUUGAAGCUUUUGAAUUCUGGCAUAUGUAGAAUUACGCAAUUAAGUUGUCGAUAAAAUGAUUAAAUGAGUUCGUAGAAUACCCUUACUAAUUAUGAUUAGCUUCUGUAAACUGAACUAGUCAAUCUUUGUCAUCUUUUCCCUCUCCACCCAUUAAUCUUUGGUUGGCUCCCUCUGCUAGCACCAGGAUCUUUUUACUCAAUCACCUACACAAAUUCACUUAAAGGAUAAGCACGAAUGCAAUCAAAAGCAGAGCACGCGGUGGCUGCCGCAUGAGAAAACAUGCAUAGGACCUCCCUCCACCAGAACAGAUGUAUAUUGACAGAUGAAACAUUAUAUCACACACUUUAACAUGUGGGUCAAAUAAAAGAGAUCUUCACAUUUUAAUUCUGGAGAUGCUCAAUCAUGAUGUAAAGCAUGUCUUAAACAGUAAAAGACGCCAUCAUCUUGCAAAUUAGAUUCUGGUGUGUGUGAAAGUGCAACAUGUAAAAGCUGCCAUCAUCUUGCAAAUUAAAUUUUGGUGUGUGUGAAAGUGCAAAUUUCCUUGAAAGUACAUACAUAAGAGCCAUGACCACAAAUUCAAUUAGUAGUACAUGCAUUCAUGCGAUCUUUGCCAACUACUUCAACUAGAGAGUGACGGUCUCUGCGUGUUUUGGUGGUUAGGUUUGAAAGGGUUAAUGGGGAAAGGUUUGUUUCAGUUUGUUAAGAGGGUGGGAAAAGGAGGUAGUGGCUGCAGGGGAUAGAAGCGUAGUGAGGGUGGUGAGAAAAAGUCACAGGGAGGUGAGGUUUUGAUGUGGUGCCUAUAAUAUUGGGGUUAAGUAUGGCUGGAAAAGAUAGGGAAGCAGGAUAAGCAAGAGAAGAUGGAGGAGGAGAUUGGUUUGGUAGUUUAGUGUAGGAGUAAGAGCAGUUUCGUUGGUGGUUUGAGACCUGGGAGGGGAACACUCCGGGUUGGUUGCUUGGUUGGGACUGGGUGAUGGUUGAUGGUUGCUUGGUUAGCAAUAAGGAAUGUAUUUUAGCUUUGCCAAAUGCCAGAGGUGGUUUCUCCAGAAGUCAAGGAAGGUGAUAUGGAUGAAGUGUUAGCAUCAGUUGCUGAGACAAUAAAGAACUUUGCUGUGAUGUACUUGGUUGAUAUAACUGAGGUGCCUGAUUUCAAUACGAUGUAUGAGCUGUACGACCCAUCCACAAUUAUGUUUUUCUUUAGGAACAAGCACAUCAUGAUUGAUCUUGGUACUGGAAACAACAACAAGAUCAACUGGGCAAUGAAGGACAAACAGGAGUUCAUCGACAUUGUUGAGACCGUGUACCGUGGUGCAAGAAAAGGUCGUGGUCUUGUAAUUGCACCCAAAGAUUACUCUACCAAGUACCGAUAUUAAGCACUUGUUUGUCUUGUAUGCGCUUGAAUGUUUAAUGGCACAGGUGAUAAUAUACAUUGAGAACUACGAUUCUGUUGCUGCGAUAUAUUUCUGAUGCCACGCCUGAUUGUGGACAUGUAAAAGUAAUGUAAGGUUGCUGACUGGGAUGUCUUUGGAAGAUUGUAAUUUUAGACCUAGAAAUCAAUAAUCAGUUAAGUUCUUGUUUUGUAUUUGUUUGUGAGUGUUGUACGGAUCAGUGAACCUGCAGAAUCCAGGUUUAUGGCUGCGCUAUGAGGUGGUGUAAUCUUGUUUGGAUUGCAAAUUAAUUAGGUAAUAUGGAGAUUGGGGUAGUUUUUUUU